AUGCUUUUUCGGCCAUUGAUAUCUCGGUCAUGCCGGUUGCUUAUCACAGGGCAAUGCGCUUCUCGAAUUCACGUCACCUCCACAACUAGCAACAAGGUAAACCAGGCAUCGGGCCCCCUUUACAGCACACAAACAACGCCGCCGAAUGUUGCGCUACGCCUGAUGCCGCUGGGAGGCUCAGUCACGUAUGGCGUUGGAUCCUCGGAUGGAAACGGAUACAGGAAGCUCCUGCGAGAUCUUCUUCUUGCCGACGGCUAUGAAGUGUGUAUGGUUGGUUCACGCAAGGCUGGAUCGAUGCAUAACAACGAAAACGAAGGAUGGCGUGGCUAUCGGCUUGACCAGAUCGAAAGUAAAGCAAGACGAUCGGUCGCGACUGUCAAGCCGAACCUCUUCACAAUCAACGCUGGAUCCAAUGACUGUAUCCAGAGCCAUAAGCUUGAUGCGUUUGAGCACCGAAUGGAUGAUCUGCUCGAAUAUUUAUGGGAGACCUCCCCCCUAUCAACAGUUAUUUUAUCAACGUUGCUAUUGAAUGAAGACGAGCAAGUCAACUCUCGAGUUCAAGACAUCAACCGUCGUCUCCGGAACCUCGUUGUGUUGAAGCAAGCAGAGCAAAAAAAGAUAAUUCUUGCAGAUAUGUAUAGUACCAAGGGCCCUGAGCUUGAUGAUCUAGUGGAUGGCACACAUCCCAAUGAUAACGGGUACAGCAAGAUGGCGCAUGUUUGGUUCAAUAGCGUCGCAAAAGCCAGGGCAAACGGUUUCCUUUGUAAAUAA